AUGGCGGAAGGAAUCGAUCGAAAUGCGGACGACAAGAUGGAGUUCUCCACCUCCAAGGAGGUUACCGUCGCGCCCACCUUCGAGGCAAUGCACCUGAAGGAGAACUUGCUACGCGGUAUCUACGCCUACGGUUACGAAUCGCCUUCAGCGGUGCAGUCGCGUGCUAUUGUGCAAAUCUGCAAAGGUCGCGACACUAUUGCGCAGGCACAGUCCGGAACCGGAAAGACUGCGACUUUCUCUAUCUCUAUCCUCCAGGUCAUCGACACAGCUGUACGCGAGACGCAGGCGCUCGUACUGUCGCCUACUCGCGAACUUGCGACUCAAAUCCAGCAGGUUAUCGUAGGUCUCGGUGACUACAUGAACGUACAAUGCCACCCUUGCGUUGGAGGCACAAACGUCGGCGAGGACAUUCGCAAGCUUGACUAUGGCCAGCACGUUGUCUCUGGGACCCCAGGACGCGUUGCUGACAUGAUUCGCCGCCGCAAUCUCCGCACGCGUAACAUCAAGAUGCUCGUUCUUGAUGAAGCCGACGAACUCCUCAACCGAGGUUUCCGCGAACAGAUCUACGACGUCUACCGCUACCUACCACCCGCGACACAAGUCGUAGUCGUUUCAGCCACCCUCCCGUACGAUGUGCUCGAGAUGACAACCAAAUUCAUGACGGACCCCGUGCGCAUUCUGGUUAAGCGUGACGAGUUGACACUAGAGGGCCUCAAACAGUACUUCAUCGCUAUUGAGAAGGAGGAGUGGAAGUUCGACACCCUAUGCGACCUCUACGACACACUCACCAUUACACAAGCUGUCAUUUUCUGCAACACUCGCCGCAAGGUUGACUGGCUGACCGACAAGAUGCGCGAGGCCAACUUCACCGUAUCCUCCAUGCAUGGGGAAAUGCCUCAGAAGGAGCGAGACAGCAUUAUGGCCGAUUUCCGUCAGGCCAACUCUCGCGUGCUCAUCUCAACCGAUGUUUGGGCGCGUGGUAUUGACGUGCAACAAGUGUCGCUAGUCAUCAACUACGAUCUUCCCUCGAACCGUGAGAACUACAUCCACAGGAUCGGUCGAAGCGGGCGAUUCGGACGCAAGGGUGUGGCUAUCAACUUCGUCACCCAGGAUGACGUCCGUAUCCUCCGUGACAUUGAGUUGUACUACUCUACCCAGAUCGACGAGAUGCCCAUGAAUGUUGCAGACCUGCUCUCGGAACACUACCCGCUCCGAGCAGCGGACUGGAAGUGGAGGAAGGGGCUCUCUAGCCGAGCAAAUAAAUUACUCCACCAGCAAACGUACCAUCCCACAUUCCAGUUAACCCUCAUCUUAACUAACCCCGUCUCCAGCACCAGAUCCGCAAUCGAAAUGCAGUUCAGCACCGUUAUCACCUUUACUCUCGCCCUUUUCGCCGGCGCCGCCUUCGCUAAUGAAGGGAAGAACUUUACCAUCAUCGGCCCGCCCGGCACCGUUCCCAACGCAAUCUCCAAGACCACAUCCAGGACCGUACCCGCCUCCACCGCAGGCUCUGACUCCGACUCCGACUAG